CGGACGUCCACGACCUCCUCCCCCUCAUACCCACCCACCCACCCCUCUCCCAACUCCAAUGGCAGCAUGCCCGCCACCUGCUCGACGAAACGAAACGGCCGACCAACUGACCGGCAUCCAUGCCCAAUCUACUCAAUGAUCGCCGCCAGCCCCUACCCCGGCCCCAAGGUCGCCGGCAGCGUCAAUCCCGACGCCCAGGUCACCGUCACCCCCAACCUCGAUGCCCAGGUCCUGGGCGGCAGAUAUGACUGCAGUGGAUCCAGGUGGCCAGAAAGAAGCGCACGACGAAGGUUCGGGCGGCAUCGAUGCCUGGGAAGAAGAGUAUGGCAUUGGCAAGGGCUCUUCAAAAUGCACGCGAGAGGAUUCAACAUCUUGGAGAUAUUCGAAACGGGAAGAAAGAAAUGGCUCAUGUCGACCAUGUUUAGAGCAUGUAGCCUUCUGAUGUGUGAUGUGUUCACAGAUUUCUGUCAUUUGUGGUGUUUAUUAAUGAAGUGAUGUUCACUUCUGAAGAAAAAAUGGUGUUGCAGUCUGGUUGCAUGUUAUUACUAACUUGCAACUACGAUUCAUGUAUGCAUGUUGUAUACAACCACAGCUCGUAUCUGCAUGUUGGAUACGCAACAUAGUUUGUGAAGUAGAAUCCAUUUUGUAUAUGUGCAUAUAUACGUCACAUAUCUGCAUGUGUAUACCUUUCGGAAGUGGGAACCCCACUUGAUCCCACUUAAGCCACAUAAGUUUUACUGGGUUGUUGGCUAUCACCCACCAAAGUGUGUUGGGAUUGAGUGGGAUGUGGUGGGACGCCCACUACCAGUCCCACCUGCAGCCUGAUGAGGGAGGCAGAUGCUGGACCUCUCAGCGAGGAGCAAAGUUUUCCGAGGAUGAACCUUUUGCACCAGUUGAAAUCCUCUAAUGUAGAUGGCGCUCGCAACUGAGGUCUUCAACAGUCAACACACACGCGCGGCGCAUGAAUGCAAGCAGGCACACGUUUUUGGAGAGCUAACCUGAAUAUCUGAUGGUUCUGUAGUGGGUGCUGUAAUGUUUACCUCAAGUUGCUACUCUGUGUUUGCAUGAGGAUGAGGUGUGCUUGAUGUGAGUGUGUGGCUUGUUCUAA